AUGGAACCGAAGGAAUAUACCAGACAAACAAUAGCUCCAUCGUCCGGCAAUCCAGACCAGUAUGUGAUACCGCCUGAUUGUUACAAUUUCAUUGCGAAUCUAAUCAGCGACACCAACCUGAUGCUAAUAUCCGAACGCAAAGUGGUCGUUGGGCGCUUGACAUCUAAAAUGGAUAUAGGUUUCCCGGUGGCCAGGAGCACGAUGAUCUCUCACAAACAUUUCGUUAUCGGGUACAUCAAUAGUGAGUUUUGGUUGGUCUGUUUGAGCAAGAACGGCAUCUACGUCAACAAUAAGCUUGUGCGGAAGGGUGCCAAACCGUACAUGUUACCCAAAUCGUGCUACUUUCGCUUUCCUUCCACCGAUAUUAAGGUAUUUUUUAACAAUCUCAUCCGAUUGGAACCGAACAUUGGUGUGCUGAUGGAUCGAGAGAAGCUGUCGACGUUUGUGUCAAACUUGGCGGUUCAUCGUUCGGACACCACUUUAGGUGGGAUCUGCAUUAGCAAUAGCAACGAACAUACAGUGAUUCUCGCGGAGACUCAAAUUGUUAGUUCAUUCGUAAUGGACAUGCUGUUGCAAUUGGUACCAAUCCGUAAUCCACCCAUUGAACGGGUUGAAACAAAACUAACAGAAGCACAUGGGUCGGUGGUUGAAGGUGACAUGCAACAAACGGUUUCCGAGACCCCGCCAUCUAGUGAUGAUAGAAAGCCACCAUUCAGCUACGCACAGCUGAUCGCAGAAGCCAUUGCCGCAUCGCGUAAGCAACAGUUGACGCUUUCGGAAAUUUAUACUUACUUAAUGGAAAAGUAUCCGUACUUUCGGAAGAAUACGAGCGGUGGUUGGCAGAACUCUAUUCGGCACAAUUUGAGCUUGAACGGAUAUUUUGUGAAGGUUCCGCGUACGUGCAAAAAACCGGGAAAAGGAUGCUACUGGCGGAUUGAACCUACUAUUUUUAGAAAAACGAUGGCAAAUCGUCCCCAAAAGUAUAAGCAUUUCAUGUCAAAGAUUGUCUCGGAAAAAAACAUGACCAUGUCGACACCAGCCUCAAUGCGUCAUGGAGAUGAUUUGGAUUCAGCUCCACAGAUAGAUGAUGAUUUCUAA